AACCACACGCCAUGUGUCAAGCUACUCCAUGACGCAUGUAAAAAUACCUAUCUCAUAAUGCAAUGCAUGUAUCAAAAAAAGUGCGGAACAUGAUUUAUAGCCUGCAUUACCUUAACCCAGACUCUACAGGGCCACAUAAGCAAAGGGGCAUUUUUUUUUCUUUUUUUGAAAAAGGAGGUUAAACCCCUAACGUGUGCAUCAACCGAUGCGUGCAGCCAUCUCUAUUAAUUAAUUCCACAAAAGAGGCCAAAAUGGCUGGCAACCAAAUAUGCCCUGAGUGACUACAAAUACUGGUCUUCAUCUGCAUCUUUAGCUAAGGUUUUUCCAUUGACAAUGGGUCACCUCAUCGGCGUGCUCACGCCUCUCCCCGAUUGCAUCGCCAGCCUGUGUUUUCUCCUCGUUGCUGUCUUCAUCUUGACCGCUCACCUUCGUAGAAUUGAGCACGUGACAGGCUGGCUGCGUAAGCUCGCGCCGGUGACCACUCGGGUUGCGCGGGGCACCCGGCGUGGCCUCUCCAUCCAGGUGACAGGCCGUGCGAUAGCGCACCGCGCCUUGGUGGAGCACAGCGCCGCCUUCCUCGACCGCCCCACCGGCGCGGUGCCAAGUACCAUCCUCACACGUGACCGCCACCAUAACAUCCUGUCGGCGCCAUACGGCCCGUACUGGCGCGCCGUCCGCCGCAACGUAGCUGCCGGUGUCCUCCACCCAUCUCGCCUCUUCCGACUCAGCGACACCCGUGCCCGCGUGCUGGGCGACCUGGCGCGCGACCUCAGAUCCGGCGCCCCGGCAGCCGAGAGCCUCUAUUUCGCCGUGUACUCUGUCCUCGUUGAGAUGUGCUUCGGCAAGGACGUCGUCUCCAAGCUCGGGGACACGCGCCUCCGUGCCAUGCAGAAGUUCCAGCGUGACAUCCUCGUCGCGUUGCCCUCUUUUGGGGUGCUUGUGAGGUACCCGAGGAUGAGCAAGCUCAUCUACCCAUCACGGUGGCGCCAGCUUCUCUCUCUCCGGCGGCAGCAAGAAGAAUCUUUCUUGCCGCUCGUCGCCGAGGUCAAGAAUAACCGGAAGGACAAGCAUGACGCCAGCUUCAAGACUUACGUGGAGUCCCUCCUGGACCUGCGAAUCCAUGAAGACGGCGGCCGGGCCGUCACGGAUGGCGAACUCGUCAGCCUCAUCUCGGAGUUCCUCGGCGCCGGCUUGGAGUCCACGGCUGCUGCCCUACAAUGGACGAUGGCCAACCUCGUAAAACGCCCCGACCUGCAGCAGAAGCUGCGGAUCGAGGUCGACGCCAUUGGCUGCAACCAGCGUAUCAUCGAGGAGGCCGAGCUAUCGCGAAUGCCCUACCUCAAGGCCGUCGUGCUCGAGAGCCUGCGGCGCCACCCACCGUUUCCGUUUGUGGUGCGCCGGAUGGAGGGCAAGGAGGCCGCGGAGGCGGUCGGCCUGACGAGUGUGCCGGGCGGUGGCGCGACGGUGAAUUUCCUCGUUGGGAAGAUCGCCCGCGACGCGGUACCGUUGUCGGAUGCGACAGAGUUCACGCCUGAGCGGUUCAUGCCCGGCGGGGACGGCGAGGACACGGACCUGACCUGCACGAGGGAGCUCAGAAUGAUGCCAUUCGGAGCCGGGAGGCGCGCGUGCCCGGCGAUCGUGCCGGCGAUGCUGCACCUCGAGUACUUCGUGGCCAACCUGGUCAAGGAGUUCGAGUGGUGGGAGGCCGACGGAGAGGACAACGCGGUGAACCUCACCGAAUUCCGCGGGUUCUUCAUCACCGUCAUGGAUCGCCCGCUCCGCGCGCGCCUCGUGCCUCGCGACGCGGUAUGACCCUCCGGAUGCACCCGUCGGUGCCGUUCGUCCUACGCCGAUGACGCUAGGUUGCCGGGUGAAACUACGUACCGUACCGGGCAGCGGCUACUUGAACGUGCGGUUUGUUGUGGGGGACAUUGGGAGGACAGGAGGACAUGGAGGGAUCCCGACGAGUUCCAACCUGAGCGGUUCCUGGCUGGAGGUGAGGCGGAGGGCGUCGGGCCGUCAGCAGGUCCCGAGGAGAUUAUCAGACGAAGAUGAUGCUGUUUGGUGCGGGGCAUAGGUUGUUCUGGACACUACUGUCUUGAAUUUUUUUAGCCCUACUAGAAAAUUGCCCGUGCGUUGCACCGGGAGCGUAAUAUUACGUUGUCACAACAAA